AUGGAGAAUAAUUACAAUAAAUUGUCGUUUAUUUUGUCGUUGUUGGCGGUAUGCUUUUGUUGUUGCUGCUGGCCCCUCGCUGUUGCGUUGAGAGUUCAAGUGGCCGAUGACGUGGCGCCGGGAUUCGAAGUCAUCAACCUGAACGCUCGCGGUUACGGAUACAAACUCGUUACUAAUAUUCUGGAUCAGGCGGACAACCAGAACUCUAACGUCGUCCACAAUUUCAAAUCGUAUGACAGCCCCAACCAUCGUCCCAGCUGGAUUCCUGAUCUCGGGAAGACCGACAGAAUUAUAAACAACCAUGCAUACAACAACAUGCCUGCUCAAAACGCUUUACACCAACCUAAUAAUGACAAAAUUAGAAAUAUUUCAAACCACUGGAAUAGUGAAUUAAAACAGAAGAGCAGAGAACGAGACAAAUGUUACAAUUCAUUCAAAAUCCUCGGUGACAAAAUAUUCGACAUCACUCCAGGCGGAUCAAUUGUGACGACAAACUACCUAUCCAACUUCACCGACUGCAAAUUUAAAUUAACUCUCAGACACACAACUUCCAGUAGGUACAAAUCAAGAGAUCGAACCAUCACAAUCAAUGUCGUUACUGGAGAAAAUGUUGCCAGAUUUGUCGAAUAUUCUUACGAUGGAACUCUCCUGGAAAACUCGCCUGCACUCUCCCUCGUUCAGAGCCUCUCAGAUCUCUACGCUGUGACUGGCGGCGAAUUGGAAAACAUUUGUGCCUUCCAACCACUUUGCAUUUCGUCGUGCAUAAAUGGGAUCACUGAUGAAACAAAAAACAAAGACGCUCCUUUUAAAAAUGUGAAAGCAGACGACAAAGAUGGCGAUAAAAUUAUCAAAAAUAGUUUCAAUUUCAACAAGAUGAAGCAUUGUAAAACAGCUGACGUGUACAAAAAUCGAAAAGUUGCCAGUGGGUCUUCAGAUUUUGUUAGGGACGCCUAUUGGUAUUCAAUUGUUGAUGGACCGAGUCAUUUUUUCGAAAUCUUUCAGCCUGAAAAUAACUACAACGACAUCAUAUACAACAGCAAUUGUAAGAGCAACAACAACGUCGAAAGGAAAAACCAUCACAACAACCGCCGCAACAACAUUAGAAUCAACAAUAGCAACAGCAACAACAGCCACAACAACAACAACAACAACGACAACAACAACAACAACAACCACAACAGACAUACAAGCGUUCAGAGCAACGACAACAACAUGCACGACGCGAGUAACGAGCAAAUGAAUGGUAUAAACUGCCGACCUCCCGCGCUAAUUCGUACCUUACAAUCGUCAGACAAAUUCUCCGACACACAAUACAUGCUCGUCGUUAUGGCGACACCUAUCAACAAUAACAUUACGACAAAUUUUCAAACAACUACCUGCAAAAUUUGGAUAAAUGUAAAGAAGCGUAAUAAUACCAGUUUAAAAUUUAAUGAUAAAACAUCCAAAAAGAAAUCAUCAAAUCACCAGAAGGACGAUGGAACGAUAGAUAGCACGAACGCAAAUGGAACGAACGCGAAAGAACUCCAUAAAUUAUUUUCAACUCAAACUCACAAGCCACCUGCUAACAAACAAGUGGAAAAAACCAUUAUAAAGAGCAAAUCUAUCAAUAAUUCAGCCUCCAUCCAUCAGCCGAUACAACAGCCAAAAAAACUAUCAAACCGCCAGCCAAAUCGCAAACAGCGGUCGGCCCUCGUGAAACCAACAAACGUCGUCCACAUAUCAGAGUCUGCACACGGCGAUCUCAUAACCAUCAACAAAAAAUAUUACGAGACACUUUCUUUCAAGAAGCGGCCCAAACACGCUGGAGAGGGUAACGAAGGGGUUGAUUGGUGGUCGCCGGAGGAUUUCUUUGAAAUUGAUAAUUUUUCCGGGGUUAUUCGAUUGAAGCAUGGUCAGAGAUUGGAUUACGAGAGCAGACCCGUCAUUGAUUUCACGGUUGUCCUCACUACAAUUGACGAUCCGAAUUGUGAGUUUGAUGUUUUAAAUUUGAAAAUUUGA